CUGAGUCCCGGAGAGAAAGAAACAAAGUUUGUUUUUUUUUCCCUCUUUCUGCGCCCCCGCCCCCCUUUCCGAACAGGCGCCCCGCGUCCCUCGCGGCGCCCGCCGUGCCUCGCUGCGCAGGACCUGUAACUAAGUGGACCCUACUGACCUCUGAACCACAAAGUAUAGGAGUGAAAAGAAGUGGGAGAAGCACACAAAGAAAAAGGAAGUGAAUGCACUUUCCUCUGGACUUCUUUCCUGCUCUUUAUUACUAAAACUGAAUGGAAAAGAGAGACUUCUGUGCCUUUCCUCCCCCAGCCUUAGGGAUGGGUGGAUUGUGAAUACUAUGCAUGCAGCCGAGAGAAUAGGCUGAACCAUGAAUCUUCAGGCUCAGCAAAAGUCUGCAAGCAAAAGGACUGGGAAACGAGUUGCCUAUUUUAAUGAGCAGGAAAUAGGUGUGUUGUCAAAAGAACCACAGCAGCAGCUUAAGGAAGGACAGUACUAUGGUCAUGGAGGGAAUAUACCGGUCUCCCAAACUAUGGAGAUUCCUCACACAGGAGGAUUAACAGGUGCACCCAACAGUGUUGCUUUGAUGAACUCUGUUUACAAUCAAGAUAGGGGAGAAUCAAUGAUGAUGCCCCAGUCAGUAACAGCUGUCAAAUGGCAGAAUUCACUAAUGGGAAACCGGUUACCAGAGAGGGGUGACAGCCACUGGCAAUCUCCACCCUCAGUGUGGAACCACAGUAUGGUUUUUGGAGGCAACCCAAAAGGACCCCACUCCAAUGCUGGUGCCCCAGGCUUCUAUGGCCACCCAGAGGCCCUUAAAAGAAAUCAAGAGAAAGGAGUGUUCGUGUCACAGCUGGACUUAUAUGGAGAUGCUGUCCAGCAGAUGAUGUCCCAGAAGGCUCAGCUGGAACAGCAAGCCCUGGUUAGACAGCAAGCUCAAAUGAAUUCUUUUCAUCAGAUGCAAAAGCAGCAGCAGCAGAAUCAAAGUUUGCCAUUGCAGCCUUUCCAACUUGCAUUUGGUCACCAAGGUCAAAAGCAAGGUCUUCCUGAGUUGUUACAUGUCUUUCAAGAAGCCCCAGCUUCUUCCAGUCCAGCAUUUACUGCUCAACAAAAGCAGCAAGCUCUUCCUCAGCUACAGCUGUUUGAAAAUUUCUAUCCUCAGCAGCAGCAGCAGCAGCAGCAGGCUGCUGCACAAACCUUUGGGUUGCAGCAAACUACUUCCAUAGCACAGCCUCAUGUGGCAGCUGCAGCACCUCAGCAUCAUAUGGUGGCACACCAGUUUCAGCAAACAGAGAGGAACCAGGAACUAUUCAAGGCAUUAACAGAGCAGAAUCAACAGACUGUGCUACCUCAGACCCAGAUUCCCUUUCCAAGAAGGUCACGGAGACUCUCCAAAGAAGGUGUCCUGCUGACAUCUGCAGGAGAAGUGUUGACUUCCAAGCAGGCAGAAGAACAACCUGGCAAUUUAUUUCUGCAUCACUGGCAAUCGCAUCAGCAAGAGGUCCCAUUACAGCAUCCGUCUGAAUCACUGGCCCACAACAAAAGUGGCUUUUCGCACCCCAAAAGAAUGGAUCUGGAGCAGAAGGAUGUCCUGGUCAAUAGUGAGCAGUGCCAGAUGGAAACAGACAGGCAAGCCCCAGCCCAGAACGGUAGAGAUGAGGAGAAACAGGCAGCAGCAGCUGAAGAAAACACUCAGAGAACUAAUGAUUUUCAGGGAGUCAGAGGUGGUGUAAUCCAGAGUACUCGACGGAGACGACGUGUUUCUCAAGAAGCCAAUUUGCUGACUUUGGCUCAAAAAGCUGUUGAAUUGGCUUCUCUUCAGAAUGUAAAGGAACUGGAUAAUUCAGAGGAGAAGAGUGUGCUGGUAACAGCUCCAGGACCUACAGCUGCAAAAAGUGUUGUGGAAUUUGCCAGUUCUUCGCCAGCUCCCAAAAAAGCCCGGGAGGACAACAGCCUUGUGCCUCUUAUCAUUCCUGUGUCUGUGCCAGUGAGAAAAAUUGACCUGCAGAGCCUUGAAAAGGAAAAGUCUGAGGAUGGAAAGCUGCCAAGAGGCCAAACAAACGAUCGAGCUCCUUGUGAACGCAAGCCUUCUGUGAUAGUCACCCGGAGGCGAUCUAAUCGUAAUACUAACAUGGAAACCUCAAGUCAGCAUGAAGAUGCUGUUCCAAAGGAUGAAGCAGAGGGCUUUGCCCGAAAACCAAAGCAGCGGCCAAGACCUGAGCCACUCUUCAUACCACCAAAAGCUGGCACCUUUAUUGCACCCCCUGUUUAUUCUAACAUUACUCCAUAUCAGAGCCACUUACGGUCACCUGUCCGUCUGGCGGAUCAUCCUUCAGACAGGAACUUUGAGCUACCUCCUUACACUCCUCCACCAAUUCUUAGUCCAGUGAGAGAAGGAUCUGGGCUAUAUUUUAAUGCUAUCCUCUCUACAAGUGGUCACUCGGUUCCACCUCCAAUGACACCGAAAAGUGGUCACAGAACUCUUCUUAGAUCAAAUAGUUCAGAAGUUACCCCUCCUGUUCUUACGGUAGUGGGGGAAGCCACCCCAGUCAGCAUUGAACCGCGAAUAAAUGUAGGAACUCGCUUUCAAGCAGAAAUCCCAUCACUCCAGGACAGGUCUCUGGCAGAAGUUGAUGAGCAUAAAGCAGAGCUGGUGUGGCAACCGUGGGGCGACCUGGAAACCAACAAAGACACCCAAGAGAAUGUGGAAAACCUGCUAGCUGCUGCCUGUUCAAGCAUUUUUCCUGGGGCUGGAACCAACCAAGAGCUGGCAUUGCAUUUCUUACAUGAAGCAAAGGGAAGCAUUCUGGGAGCUCUGACCAAACUGCUGUUGAAGAGGCCAGUGCGACCGCCUACCCACCCUUUGGCAGAUUAUCACUACACAGGAUCAGACAAGUGGAAAGUUGAGGAAAAAAAGUUAUUCAACAAAGGCAUUGCAAUCUACAAGAAAGACUUUUUCUUAGUCCAAAAGCUUAUAAAAACCAAAACAGUGGCUCAGUGUGUGGAAUUCUACUACACAUACAAGAAACAGGUGAAAAUUGGUCGGAAUGGGACCUUAAUCUUCGGGGACAUUGAUGGUGCUAAUGAGAGAUCUAUGAAAGACGAAGCUGAAGUUGACAUCAAGAGUUCCCAUAGGUUUGCACGUGUUCUUCCUCUCAGAAGGGACAUCUUCAGUGAAGAACAGGGGCAUGUGGAGGAGGAGGAAGAGGAGGAAGAAGAGGAGGCGGAGGAAGGGUUAGAAAACAGAAAGAGGAGCGCAGAUGCUCUCAAAGAUGAACAGACACUACAAGAUGGUGUAAUAGCAAGUGAUGGCAAUACAAGGAAUCAAGAGGCAACUGUCACAGGCAGAAUUGGAAGGAAGCCAAGGGAGACAACCAUGAAGCCUCGAAAGCUUAUUACUGCUCCAGUGCAGAGGAAGAAGCGGAAACAGAAGAUAAAAUCAGAUGCUACCAGUAAAACUCAAAACACAGAAAACACAUUUCCAUGUAAAAAAUGUGGCAGGGUGUUCUACAAGGUGAAGAGCCGCAGUGCUCACAUGAAAAGCCACGCGGAGCAGGAAAAGAAGGCGGCUGCACUGAGGCAGCAAGAGAAGGAGGCGGCGGCGGCGGCAGCAGCAGCCCAGAGCCAGGCCCGGCAGGAAGAGAGCAGCGAGAGUGGGAGCAGCAGCAGUGGGAGCAGCAGUGCAAGCUCGGAUGAAGAUGGAGAAAUAUAGCAGCUGACCCGAAGUGGAGGGAGUAGUAAGGCUGGACCCAACCUCCCUCUUGGUGGUCUCACUUCUUUUGCUUGCACUUUCUUACCUGAACCAUCAGGUCUCGGUUUCAGUGCUGCCAUUUCCUCAUGCCACAUGUUCCACUUCACCUUGCCAGUACUGACCAAGCCAGAAUGGUGGAUAACUCGGAUUUUUUUUCUUAAGACUAAUAAGAUUUCUGUUCUAUUUAUAAUGAUACCUAAGGUACAUAAUAGGACUGUGUCACCUGCAGUGGAAGUGAGUUCUCUAAGGUCAGUCAGACCUUUCUUUUUGUCCUUGUCAGGAAUCAUGGUAACAGGACUCUUGAAUAUAAAGUUUUCCAGACCAGAGCAAGAAAAUGAAACUCUACUCUGAGCUAAGUGUAUCCAGUUACUGUGACACUGGUGACUUCUAGAUGUUUCCUUUCUCAGCAAGUUCUCCUUCCUGUUAUGCUUUCCUGCCUUUCUUUCUGAGCAGUUAUUCAGGCAGACAACAAAUUUUGUGGAAAGAUAGUGUGCACUUUUGACCUCUGUUUCACAAAAAUGAAAAGUGGGAUGAGCAAGACACUCUUCUUCCUUUUGAGAGGAAGUUUUAUUUUUCAAACAGAAGCCUGAGGUAAUUUCUUUUAUGGCAUUAAGAAUGCAGCAGUGGAUAUAAAAAUACCCUGUGGGAUUAGAGUAGCCACAGGCCUUGCGGGUUGUCUCAUCUUGGAAAACAAAAUAGUAUGCCUUUGAUUAACCUUAAGGAAAGUAGUCUGGGUUUCACAAGUGCAAUUUGAAAUGAAAACUGCUGGGUUUGACUUUGCAUAAAUGGAAGCAAGUUUGUUUAGUGAAAAUGAACCCAAGUUUUGUGCACUGGAUUGUGUGCACCUCAGAGAUGGGAGGAAUGGACUCUCAUCUCCGGCAGUGGUGCAUCUGUGAAUGUUUUUUAACUCUCAAUAUCCAUUUCUGUCUUGUGGCAUCCCUCAUUUACUCCUUGAAAUUGCCAUCAUCAAGAGCUUUUAUGAUGGGGCCCUAGUUUCCCAAAUACUUCCUGUCAGGAAGAAACUCCUGCAGGAGAAACUUGUCACCUAUUUACACACCAGUGGCUGUGCAGCACUGCCUGCUGGGUUGUCCUGCUGAAAGGCUGACUCUUCCUUCAGAACUGACACAAGCUAAUAGCCAAAAAGUCUAUCCACCAAAAGCUCCUGGUGAAAGAGAGUUAAGAAGAAGUAAAGUGGUCCAGGUGACAGAUGUUAGAUUUGCACAGGAUUGUUCUGUACACCUUGUAGCCCACAUUUAUCAUUACUUUUGUAAGGAUGCAGAGAAUCGGAUCACUUCCUUGUGCUUCAUGACUGGUUGGUCCCAGCCCGUACCGUGGCUGCCCAGCUCCCUCCCUCCAGCCAGUCCUUGGAGCAGCACUGAUCCCCAGCUUCCUGGGUGCUGGCACUGUGUCAUACCGGCAGUACUGAAGGAGCCAAUCGCUCCUGCAUUCCUGAGCAGGGAUCCAAGAGACAUUGUUGGAUGUGAACUACAGACUGUGCCUGACUGGAAUAUUUUUUUUUAAAAAUCUUGACCCUUCAAGCUGCUAGAUAAAUUCCCGGUUAUCUAUGGAAAGUGGCUUUAACUCCAGCAUGCCAUCUGGCAGUCUUCCUGCCCUGUGGUUUUAUGCAACCAUGAUGGCUUCACUCAUUUGUUUGGGAGGCUCGUGUUGUACCAUAUUUGCUUUGACAUAUCUAUGCCUUUACAUAGAAUCCUUUUUCUUAAUAGCAGAAACAGUUACUACUCUUACAAAAUCAGUAGGAGUAUCAUGAGGACUGCACUUUUUGCAAUGUUGACACUUUUGCCUGUAAGUGCUCAAUUUUCUGCCAAGAUUGUAUUUUUCAUUCCUGUCAAAAUUGGGUUUCCUUUCAGCGUUUGGAUGACUGUUUCAUGCAUGGGUCUUGUUGACUAACUAGGCUGUGAAAGCAGAUGGCACUUCAUGAACUGUUAAAAUCAUUCAAAAACUGCAAAGAACUAAAAGCUGCUAAUCUUUAAAAAGAAGCUUAAGCAAAUCAGUCUUCUUAUUAAGAGUUUCAGUGUUGAUUGUUCUGUCUUUUUCUUUUAUAAAUUGGAGAAAAUGCUUUUCCGCCUUUAUCCUAGGGCCCUUGGGGAGAACAGAAGCUUUAGCACACUGUGCCAGGAUGGAGAGUAGAUGAAGCAGCUGGACCUCAUGGUCCACUUAUAGUUCUGGAAUUAAUUCCAGUAAAAAAAAAAAGAUGCAAAUAAACACAGUUCUGACGUAUGUUUCUGGGAAGUUGCCGGAUCCUGAGAACUGCAGGGCAACAGGUCAGAAACAAGCAGGGCUUGUAAGUGUAUCUAAAUAGGAUUUAAAGUAAUGUAGAUAUUCUAUUCUAUAGAUGUAGAACCUGAUCCUGUUGUAAGG